AUGGUGAUGCAGAACACAGCUUUGAUUGGUGUGGAAAAUCACCCUAUACACUUGCAUGGAUUCAACUUCUAUGUGUUGGCUCAAGGGUUUGGCAACUUCGAUCCUGUGAACGAUCCGAAAAAGUUUAAUUUUGACAAUCCACAAAAACGUAACACGAUUGCUGUACCAAUUGGGGGGUGGGCUGUCAUUAGAUUCCGGGCUAACAAUCCAGGUGUAUGGUUGAUGCACUGUCACUUUGACGUGCACUUGCCAUGGGGCCUGGCCACCGCUUUCGUCGUUGAGAAUGGAGGAACACCGUCAUCCACCCUGCCUCCGCCUCCCCUUGAUCUACCUCAUUGCUAG